GCUGGGUUUUUCGUGGGUUUCUAAUUUAGGACUUUUUAAAUGAUAGUUGAAACUGUAUAACUGUCAUUUCAGCUGGUUUCUUUUUUUGUUAGGGUUCAUAUGCAGAAGGGUUUUGGUUUUUUGGGUUUUUCCUUUUGCAUUCUUUGGUGUUAGACUGUGUAAUUAAGUUAUGGUUGAUGAGAUUAUAUUGUGUUUUAUGGGAUUAAAAGACUUGGGUUGACUUUAAUUUUGGUGGGUUUUACUUGAAGAAUUUGUCUUUCUUUGAUAAGGGCUCUUGUUUUCUUGUCUCUUCAUGAAGAGUUUUUGCUGCCUUUCUCUUCUCUUCUUUAUAUUUUAUUUUUGUAUGAAAAAAUGUCCCUCCAGGCUUGACUAUGGUAAACCCUAUAGAAAUCAAGAUCUAGGUUUUAGAAUUGUGGUAUUAAGUGAUAUUCACAAUCGAUUAUUUUUAACAGUAAUUCUAGAAAAAGUGUCAUGGACUUUGACUUUUAAUUCUCACCUUUUUCUUUGGUUUUGUUUUUGUUAUACAUGUCUCACUUCUAACAAAGUUGUGUUUUUUAAAAAUUCUCUUUUUUCUAUGUCAGUCUCCUUAUUCUGUCAGUUCUUUAUGUCAAUCUGAUUUCCUAUCUUUUCUUCUUACCUUGACUGUUCAUGUGACACAGCCUCUGCUGCUGAUUUGAUCAUUUAGAGGGGUUCUUUUCCCCACUGAUGUUCCGGAAUAGAGAUUGUGAUAGAUAUAACAGCUGCAGAUCAAAUGCCAUCUCUAAGAAUGAAGGCCAAAUCCAGCACGGGUUCUGUAAGAGAAAAAAAUGGUCUCCGUAUGUGUCAGAAGUCUAGCAUGAUUUGCAAAAGACCAUGCUCCCAUGUCAGGGUUUUCCAGCAAGGAGCUGAAUUUAGUACAUGUAUUCAAAAUUCUCAUGAUGAUUCAUCAGACUUGGAAGUGGCUUCGCAAGUUGUUGCAACCGAUGGAGCCAGUUCUCGGCAACUUAUUUUGGAUGACGACGAUUCUGAGCUUCAGAAACAGUAUCCUGUUUUUGUUGAUUCUACGACUGUGGGAAGAACCGAAUCUGCCGAAACCUGUGCCUCAAACUUAGAGACAAUAUUCUCUCCUUUUCUGGAGCCAAUUGUAAUCCACACUGAACCAAAUAUUGACAAUGAUGCAGGGUGUAAUGAUGGCCCUGAAGUGCCAACAUUAGGGGCUGAUGACAGUGAUGAUAACAAAAGCUCAUUUGGCAGUCAAACAUGUAAUGUAUCAGAUUUCUUUAUAUCUGACAUGAUAAUUGCAAGCAUACCCUUUGAUGCAAAUGCUGUUGAUGAUAAUAUCUCUGGAACCAAUUCUUUUCCUGAUUUCAAGUGUUCUGAGCCAAGCAUGUUGUUUGAUGUGGCUGAGCAAUACAUGAUACUGCCUUUCCUCGAGGACACUGUCAAAGCAAAUGAUAUAAAUGAUGUUAAUUUGCAUGAAGAAGCCACGAUGGCUCAAGAUAAUGCUGGUUUAUAUGUAGCAAUUGAUCAGAUGAGAUCCUGCAUCCCAGAAUCUGAUGUCAACUCUGACUCUGAUCAAGCAGAUGACUUUGAUCCACAGUCAUUUAUAAAAAAUUUACCAGAACUAUCUGAUGUUGUAUCAAGCUUUCGGCCUGCUAUGGUGCCAAAGGAGGCUUGGAGAAGGAAGCUCAUAACUCUUGUGCUUGAUUUGGAUGAAACUCUCGUCCACUCUACACUAGAACAUUGUGAUAAUGCAGACUUCACCUUUACAGUAUUUUUCAACAUGAAAGAGCACACUGUGUACGUAAAGCAGAGGCCUCACCUACAGACAUUUUUGGAGAAAGUUGCAGAGAUGUUUGAAGUUGUCAUCUUUACUGCAAGUCAAAGUAUUUAUGCAGAACAAUUACUGGACAUAUUGGACCCAGAUCGAAAGCUCAUAUCUCGGCGAGUAUAUCGUGAAUCAUGCAUUUUUUCAGAUGGAAGUUACACUAAAGAUUUGACAGUUUUAGGUGUUGAUCUUGCAAAAGUUGCUAUAAUUGAUAAUUCUCCACAGGUUUUCAGGUUGCAAGUGAAUAAUGGGAUUCCUAUUAAGAGUUGGUUUGAUGAUCCAUCUGAUUGUGCACUAAUUUCAUUACUUCCCUUCUUAGAGACUCUGGUUGAUGCUGAUGAUGUCCGUCCUAUCAUUGCCAAGAAAUUUGGUAACAAGGAAUAAGAGCACCUUGUUUUUCUCUGACUAGCAUUCAAUAUAGUUCCUUGCCCUUCUGUUUGCUUUAAGUGAAAUUUGGCCUCUAAUUAAAAACCCAAUUCUCUUUUCUCUUCAAAAUUAACCACAAAAUAAGCUAUAAUCUGUCUUAUUGUUGUGUCAGCUUUUUGUUGCUUGUUUCCUUUUCUUUCUCCUCUUGGUUGACAACCCUGUGGAGUGCUUUAUCUAAUUUUUUUUAGCAAAGAUAGUCGUAGAAAAUGUUUCUGUUUAUUUUAUUGUACAGUUGAAGUUCCAAUCAUAUAAGGCAUUGUAUAUGAAUUAUUACCUUGUGAAAUAUAAUUUUGCAGAUUCCUGUUUCUAUCUUUUUCUGCUGCUUA